AUGCAGAGCUCGACAAGUUGUAACUUGACGGACACGGCAGGAGAAGAUAACUUUAACCUUCAACUACACGGGUUACUGGAUGACCUCACCUUCAGCUAUUUAACGCUAGCCAGCACCUACGUCUUCAGUGGGCUCUUCAACGCUUUCGGCGUUAUUUUUAACUGCAUCAACAUCAUCGUCUUCAUCAAACUGGGCUUCACCGAUACCAUCAACAUCUCUUUGUUGAGUCUUGCCAUAGCGGACAUCGGUAUACACAUCACGAUGAUUGGCUAUGUGGUCAUCUACAGCCCUGAUAUGGCACAGGAUAAAUCCAAAAUUGAACUCAUCUACGCCAUUGGUUAUCUGAUCCUGGCCUGGCCUCACGUAAUGUUUAGCCGUAUUUCCGGUUGUCUGACAGCUUUUAUAAGUUUGGAAAGAUUCCUCUGUAUAGCUGUGCCACUGAAGGUCAAGGCCCUCAUCACACCAAAGCGAACAGCCAUGGUUUCCUGUGCUAUUUAUGGCUGCAUGAUUUGUAGUGUCAUCCCGGCAUUUGUGGCCAACAGAAUUGGACCGAAGUCUAACGAAGACACAAACGUGACUGUCAUUGGUCUGGUCUUGAUAGAAAACAGCGACGACAUAGAAAACAUCAGUUUUGUCAUCACAAUAUUUGUCGAGCUCUCCGUCUACACUCUUGUCGUCAUCUUCACUGUCGGACUGAUACGGAAAUAUGUCGACUUGUCAAAAUGGAGAAAUCACGCGUCAUCAAGCUCUAAAAAUAGCACAUUCUCAACACGCGAUAAAGUCUUGGUUAAUAUGGUUCUAUUUAUAUCUUGCGUGUUUAUAUUUUGUACAUUUCCAGUGGUCGUGGGGACAGUGGUUAUGCUAUUUAUCAAAGACUAUAGUGUCAAAGGGAAGGAAGUCAAUGUAUUUCUUGCCAGCUUCUCUAUGAUUUUCAACAUGGCCUCCUUGAACCCAACUGUCUCUAUUUUUAUCUACUUAAAAAUGAGCUCCAAAUUCAACCAGAUGUUCUGGACACUUUUUCCUAGAAGAUUGGUUGCCGCAAACUAG